GAUCUACUCCGAGUCAAGGAGCAGACGGAAAGUGGUGGUUCAGUUGCGUUCGCUAGAUCGAAUAGCGGGGAAAUAAGCCAUGGAGAGUUCGCCGCCCACAAUCACCGUCCAGGUGAAGUUCGCCGGCCGAACCAUUCCGGUGGAACUCCCGACAUCCGCCUCCACCGCGGAGUUGAAGCUCCUCCUCCAGCCGCUAACCAACGUUCUCACCCGCGGCCAGAGACUCAUUUGCAAAGGAAAAGUUCUUGCCGAUGCCGCGAGUCUGAGCUCGAUGCAGGUGGGGGACGGAUCCAAGGUCAUGCUCAUCGCGUCGCAGGGUCUUCAUCAGGGGGAAGGCCCCAUCACUAAGAAUAGCAGUGGUCUGGCACCAAGUGCAAAAAGAACCUCAAAUGUUAAGGAUAAUCAAACACUAAAACCGGAGAUUAUCAGCAAAAGCCGAGCGGAGCGUUGGAAAAUAACCGGUGUCAUUGCUUUAUCUGGUUCCAGCUUGAAGGCAGUGCCUGAGGAAGUCUGGGACUGUGGCUCAUCCAUACGAGUACUAGAUGUCUGUAACAACUCAAUUGAAGCAAUUCCACAGAGAAUUGCUGCCCUUAAAUCAUUAAAUAAAUUGUUGCUAACUGCCAAUGACAUAUCUGAUGGGGGCAUCUGCUGGGAAGGUCUAUCAUGUGUUGAUACAUUAACAGUUUUAUCUUUAAGCCAAAAUCGAUUGGUUACUUUACCUCCAAGUUUGGGCACAUUGACUUUUCUACGUGAACUUCGCAUUGCAAAUAACAUGCUUGGUAGCCUACCUGUUGAAAUAGGUUUGCUGAAGCAGCUAGAGAUUCUUAUAGCAAAUAAUAAUAGGAUAACUUCGCUGCCUUCCUCUAUAGGCGAUUGUGAAUCUCUCUUUGAGGUUGACUUAUCAUCAAAUCUUUUAGCCGAGCUACCAAAGGCUUGUGGAAACCUUCACAAUCUUAAGACUCUGCAUCUAAGGAACAAUGGUCUUAAUUCCCUACCGCCGAGUUUAUUCAAGAAGUGCUGGCGGCUUACUACACUUGAUCUCCAUGGCACUGGAAUCACAAACGACAUUCUUCGACAGAUGGAGGGCUGGGAGGAGUUUGACGAACGUAGGCGGCAGAAGUAUCAAAAGCAGCUGGAUUUUCGUGUAGGAUCAUCAGGUGUUUUCGACGAGGGUGCGGAUGAUGAUAACGGGCAUGCAUAAGGUUUUGCGCUUCCAGUAUUGUCCCAGAGUUAUUCUAGAAUUGAACACUGACACAGAGCUGAUAUUAUUCCUCACAUUAUGGUCGUGUACUCCUUUCAAUUCGGAAUUACUUGUCGCAUAAAUGGAUACAAAAUGAUGUAUUUAAAACUAAAAUACAUCUAGAUACAUCUGUUCUUGUGACAAAUAUUUCCGGACAGAGGGAGUAUUCGUUUGUUA